CAGGCCAUAAAAUCCAAAAAAAAACAUGCUCAUGUUCAUGUCAGUUUGUCAGUGUCAGUGUCAAAUUGCCCGCCGAGUUAGAUCUGAGUUAUGCUAAGUUCUUGUAUCUUGUAUUGCAUUAAGUACUAAGCAAAACAAAUUGGAGUCCUGAAGAUCAAUAUGGCCUACGGCAUAGUGCAUAGGUUCUUACUAAGAACUGUAGCUAGCCGAGGAGUGCUAACUUUUAAUGAAACUCAGCAAGUAGUAAACAAAUUUAAUGAAAAUAAUGAAUCUACAAUAGAAGACCUGGUAAAAGAAAUAAAUGAUGAGAUAAGAGCACUACAACAGCAAAUUAAAAUAGCUGACGAUGAACUUACAAAUGAGCAAGUUGUAAUAUUCAUGUCACUUGGUCAUGAUGCAGCAUCCAAAGCACAGAAUAUUUUUUCUGCUACGGAACUUGAGUACUACAGGCUCUUGAUUGAAGAGAUAAUGAGCACAGAAACAAGACAGAUCACUGGGAUUCAUGCCAUGAAUUUGGUGAAUAGAUUAAAAUCUUCCUUUACUAAAACAGAUGGACAGAAACUACUCGAUACUUGGUGCCGCAUGCGCUAUUUGGACAAAGAUCAGAAUAAUAACAAUUAUGUUCUGGGAGUUAGGGCUAUCCACGAGUUUGAGAGCUAUCUUCGGGAAAAUAUGCCAGACGCCAUUGAAGAAUGCUUUCUGUGCAAGAAAAUUGUCUUCAGGGGUUAUAAUUGCCCAGUACCCGCAUGUGGAAGAGCGGUGCACACGAAAUGCCUUAAUCGGUAUUUACAGCAAGUGAAGAAAUGGCCGUGCUGCAAAGCAGACUUCUACCAAUCUCAGUUGGACAGGCUGAAUGCAAAUAGUUCCAGGCUUACCCAGACUCAAGUGUUGGACCAAUCCAGCCAGCAGUCUGCCGCUUACGACACCAUCGCGGAACCCACGCAUGACUUGACCCAAGAGCAUACACAAAGCUUGUUCCCUGAGCUUUCUCAAGGCUUGUUGCCCGAGAUAUCUCAAGAUGUGCUGGAUGAACUAUCGCAAGAACCUAUUCCCGAAGAACCACGAAGAGUCACGCGAAAGAGGAAGAGAAACUAAAUUCUGGUAUAUUUGCUUAUUACUUUUUAAAUACAUAUUGGGGACUUCUCCUUUAAAGUUAUCGUUUAGAAUGGCUACUUAUGUUGAUUCGACAUUUUAAUUUGUUGUUACUCUGAUUUGUUUUAAAGUGUUAUUGAUUAUUGAUGCUCGCUUACAACAUCAAAGGUUUUGUUACUUAGGUAUUUUGUGACUACAUAUUUUUUAGCAGAAAUGUAAAGUACAAACAUACAUUAUGUUCCAUUAAUGAUUUCGUAAAGAUAAUUAAUAAAACAUUUUGCAAUUUA